AUGGCCUUCUUUCAGGGCACAACCUUUCUGUUGACCAGCUUUCCAUUGUCGUCUCGUCGCCUGGGAGGCAGCGUCAUCACACAAGCAUCUUCUGAUCCUCUCAAGGUUGCCCCCAAUGAGCUAGGCUUCCUAUUGACCGCGGCGAAGGUACACGGACAAGGAUUGGCCGUCAAUGUUCUGGCGCCUGUCAAGUACGAGCUUGCGUAUUCGUAUCAUCAGACUCUCUCCGGCCAGUCUGACGCUGAUAUACAGGCCAUCGGUCUUCAAGCUGCUGGUAGGAAUGUGGCUGGAAGUCUGCUCAGCAGCCUCGAGGAUUCCGUCCUUCGCAAGUGGAUCAUAAGCGCCCUUUCCCGCAGUGUCGCAUCCCAUAUCUUCGUCUUCAACACCGCAAGAUGGGGCAUCAAGGAAGGUCCCGUGGCAGACAGCGAGGACCUCCUCGAUGACGACGAGCCGACGACAGUCAAAAGGAACAGCACCGACAGUAUGUCUAUGAACAUUCCUGCUCCUAUGAAAACAGACGAAGAAUUCAUGUCGCACACACGAGCUCAGCGAUAA